AUGAAGGCGGUGUCGGAGGCCACCCAACAGUCUUUCGUUGCUACCGGGAUGAAGAUGAUGACCGAGAUGAUCGGCACUUUGGCGCAUGGUCGACGUGGGUCGUCGCCGUCGGCCAAUGACGCCGAUCACGCGCAACGGAGGACGACCGGCAAGCAGGGCCUGAAGAGGACGGGUGACAGAGACGAAAAGGAAAGCGCGAAACGAAGCAAGGGAUCAGACGGGAGCCGCGGCUCGAAGCCUGCGGCACAGAGCGUGGCCGACCAGCUGAAGACGAAGGCGGGGUGGAAGGUGAUAAGGAUGUCGUACAGCAAGGGAGGCGAAAGCGGGGGGGCAGAGGGUGGCCCUGCGGACGGGGUUGCCGCUAACGUCGCUGCUCCGCCUGGUCCGCCUUUGGUUGCCGAGCAGACCCAUCCUCAGGCAAGCGGUGGGAAAGGCGUGACCGACAAGGAGGUCCCAACUGCUCAGGCGGCGAAAGAUGGCGGCACCGGAACCACCAAAGGACCGUUCGUCGUGGUGGCGGCCAAGGGCAACGCAAAGGCUGCUUCCGCCUCGGUCUCCAGCACCACCAAGUCGAAUCCCCGUAACCCCCCUGCGGCUACCAGCGCGCUUGCCGGCCAGUCAGGUGCGAACAAAGAUGGGGAGGCCCGUGCGGCCCCUCCAGCUCCAGCAGCCCCGUCUGCCGCCAAGGGCGACGCGAAGGCUGCUUCGGCUAAGGGCGAUGCUCCGGCAUCAGCUAAGGGGCCCCCCGGUGGUAACGCGCUCAGGGAGAUGCUCCGCCGCAUGGAGGCACAUAGCAGGGACGUGCAGCAGCGUCCCGUGGUCGACGCCGUCACUCCGCAGUUUGCCGGCACAUCGUCCGGUGCCCCACCUGCCGCGCCUCCGAUCGCCGCCCCACCGCAUGCGGACCCGAAGUCCGCGUUUCUUCGCGCCCAUUUAGGCGCACGCAAAGCGGCAGUUCAACCGGUGACUCAGCCAGAACCCGGCAAAAGCGCGACACCGACGUUGGUAAACGCGACCGCACCCACACCUAGUGCAGCAGUGGUCGAUGUGGCGGCAGAGAAGGGAGUGAGUGCAGCGCUAGCCACCGGCGGCCGCGCCGACAAGUAUGCCGGCCUCGCUGCCGUCCUGGCCCAUUUUGAAGCAGCAAAACGCCCUGAGCACGCCCCUGCGCUAGCCAUCAUGGACACGGCGCAUGUGGUGCCGUCGGCGACCCACGGAGGGGGUUCGGCGGAGCCGACGGCUGCAACGGGUGCUGUCGCCGAAAGAAAUGCUGGACGGAAGGGGAAGGACGACAGCGGGAAAGGGAAGGCGGUCUCUCAGAGGAGCACGCGGGAGAUGUCUGUGGGGAAGGAGAUGUCGGAAGAGAAAAGGAAGAAGGCAAAAGGGAAUCAGGACAAGACGGGUGGCAAGGGUAAGCCGGCGAAGAAGAAGGAGAAGGCGGAGGAGGAGGACAAGGAGGGCGGCGAGGGAGAUAAAGAGCAUGGACGCAGGGGUCAUGGCAUCCGCCAAGACAAGUCCGGCGACGGGCAUGGGUGGGUGGGCGAGAUUAAGGUAAACGGACAGAAUCGAUACAUCGGCAAGUCAAGGGAGAAGAUGGAGCUGGCCUACGAGCACGCGAUUGCGUACGUCGUCUACGACGGCUACGUGAGCAAGGUGCUCAUGAAGGAGCUCACCGUCUUGAAGCCGGGGGAGUUGGAUAAAUGGAAGGAGCGUUGGUGGCUUGCCGCGGAGAGCUCCCCUUGGUCGGUGUCGUUUUUGGCGAAGAAGAGGUGCUUCUUGUACCAGCUCGCGCGUGUGCUGGUGUCCACCGGCGGAAUGAGGCGCACGCCGUGA